AUGUCGUCGAGGUACAAGGAUAAGGACGGAGGUGUCGUGCUGGCUUUCGGUGGCCAGUGGGUGAGCUGGUUGCAUACCACCGUCGCCUACACUGCCUUCAUCAGCGCAUUUAUCGUCGGUGUCUCUCUCCACUACAAGAAGAUCGUCCAGAAUGAGUGGUACGGGUACCCCGAAGAAUGGUUCCCCUCCGUCUCCGCAACCAUUGGCGACAAAUAUCCCGAACGGUCCUUCUUUAUGCUCUUCAUCGCUAUCACCUCAGGCCCUCGAUUUGCCCUUGUCGGUUUAUGGUAUCUUCUCACCAGAAAGCCUGGCCAAACAUUGCCAAAGUUCAUCUUUGCGAUGGGCAUCUUCCGAACACUAACCUGCGGUGGCUUCACCUACGUCACUUCGACUGACGACCACCAAUGGCAUGAUAUCUUCAUGAUUUCCUACAUCGUUGCGACGGUGCCGUGGACUAUUGGCUGUAUUACCCUUAGCCCAUCCAAUCCCAAGGCAAUCCGUUACAGGAAGAUCAUUGCUAGUUCCUUCUUUGGCACACUCGUGCCUCUCAUCUACUUCUUCAUUCAGCACAAGGUCCACCGAGUGCCCGGAGCCUAUACGACCUACGCUUUCUUCGAAUGGUCGCUCAUUCUUUUCGAUGUCGCCUUCGACGCUGUGACGGCUUACGACUUCAGAACAUUCCAAGUGAUCAUCAAGGACGUUCAGGGCGCGAGCAAGGGUGAAAACCGGUCCUCUGUUCCCUCAGCAGUCCUUGAGAAGGAGAAAAAGAAGGCUUCUGCCGGCAUCUUGUCCGUUAAAUUCACUUGGACGGAAGCUAUCGACACCGUUGCGGAGGUGUAUCAUGGCUACAUCUUUUGGACCAUCCUUACCAGCCUGGGUGUGUCCGUUUGGUACUUCCCCUUGUGGUACAUGGGCCUCUCCGGUUACGAAGUGGUCGUCAUGGCUUCUGUUUCACCACUCCUGCUAUCCAUUGGUCCUCUUCGCCGAAUGGUCGUUGCCAACCAGCGCAUCGUUCACCUGCUUUCCUUGUCAGCCGUCGUGGCCUACAAGGUCGAGUCCCCAGUCUAUCGCCUCUUUGCCGUCUCUUUCGGUGUCUCAAUGGCCUGUUUGGGCUGGGCCACCACCUUUUAUGCGGAGUCUGUCCAUGAAGGAAGACUUGAGUCAAAACUCCUGGCUCUUACUCUCGGUCUGGUCCUGUCUUCCGCCAUCAAGUUUGCCUGGUGGACCAACAACCCUGUCUGGCCAAUCAUGCACGCUGCGAAUGGAGGCUGGAAUGGCAUUGGAGGUAUCCUUGCUACGUUAGCCGCCCUCCGCUUCACCCGCAAGGCGCCCCUAACAAGCGGCCAAUCUGCCUCUGACCCCCAGCGCAGUGGGUCAUCUUUGUUAGCAGCUUUCGGCACUGGUGGUGUCUUCUUUGGCAUGCACUGGCUCCUUUCCGACAGCAGCACCAUGAUUCUCUGGGUUUGGGAGGGCUACCCUAUUCGUGGACCGACUGCUAACACAUAUGGCUGGCUGACGGGUGUUGCUAUGACAGCUGGUGUGCUAUUUGGUCAGUCUCGCCCUUCUUUGGUCACGAGUUGGGCUGCAUAUAGUGCUGGCUGCGCCGGUGCUUAUGUUGUAACCUACCACCACAACUGGUUUGGCUAUUACGGAGCGCUUGCUUUAACGGUUUAUCUCAUGGCCAUUGCGGGACCAAUCAUCAGCAGUGCUGCGAAGAGGAACCCCGUCAUCACUUUUGGCCUAGGUUUUCUCUUUUAUAAUUUUUUGGUCCUCUUCUCUGUCUGGGUUGUUGCCUACGCCUUUGUGCCGGGCGGCCCCUAUGUGCGUGAGCACACUGAUUGGGUCAUGGCGACCAUGAUGCUGCUCAUUGGCCUCGGUGUGCUGGGACUUGGCUCAACGACAGCACAGAGUCGCCGCAAGAAGGCCCAGCGCCCAUCAGCCUCAGUAUUCCAGCACCGUGAGUUCCACAGGGCUGCCGCCAUCGCAGUCAACCUGUUCUUCCUUUCGGCUGCGUUCUUGCGUUUCCCAACCAACGAUUACGAGCCGUAUCACGGAGAAGAUCGUGUCAUGACGGCGGGCGUCUGGACGAUUCAUUUUGCGCUGGACAACGACAUGUGGUCAUCCGAGUACCGUAUGCGUGAUCUCAUCAAAGAAAUGGAACUCGAUGUCGUGGCCCUCAUUGAGACGGACUGUCAGCGCAUCAUCAUGGGCAACCGCGACACUUCUCAGUUUCUUGCGGAGGACCUCGGCAUGUAUGUCGAUUAUGGCCCAGGUCCCAACAAGCACACAUGGGGCGUAGUGCUUCUUUCCAAGUACCCUAUUCUCAAGUCAGAGCACCACCUACUUCCCUCUCCUGUCGGCGAGCUGGCGCCGGCAAUUCAUGCAACACUGGAUGUCUACGGCCGCGAGGUGGAUGUAUUUGUUUUCCACUCGGGCCAGGAAGAAGACCCUGAAGAUCGCCGCCUGCAGUCACUUUACCUCUCGAAACUCAUGGGCUCGACCCCGCGCCCCGCGAUCCUCCUUAGUUACCUUGUCACCAAGCCGCUCCAGGGCAACUACAACACCUAUGUCAGCGAUGUGUCGGGCAUGCAUGAUGUCGACCCGUCGGACUGGGACCGCUGGUGCGAGUACAUCCUGUUUAAACGUCUCAAGCGAGUGGCAUACGCGCGUGUCAGUCGUAGCACCAUUACGGAUACAGAGCUGCAGGCCGCCAAAUUCGUCAUUCCCGCAACUGAAGCAGAGAGUAAUGCGAUCGAGGCUCUUGACGACGAGACCCGCAACCGUCGAGUCAAUGAGGACGAUGUGCCUGUGGGUUGGAGAUUCCCGGCACUGUUCCGAGGCCAGGGCGUCCGUGAUCACAGAUACCAUGUUUUCGACGAGCCCAGAUACUACAACAACUGA